AUGGCCACCCACCCAGCAGUCGUCACUGUUACGCCCCGAGGCAAGCUCGAGGUCCUCGAGGUCCCGACGCUCUCUCCGAAAGCUGGUGAAGUCCGCGUGCGCGUCGAAUGGACCGCCUCGACGCCCCUAGACCUGCACCAGAACGACGGCCACCUGCUUGUCACGCCUCCGCAGAUCCUCGGCGACACCGUCGCGGGCACUGUUGUCGAGGUCGGCCCGUCAGACGGCACAUCUUCACCAUCCCUCAGCGUAGGGGACCGCGUCUUUGGCUUUGCAUGGCGCACCAAAGAAGAAAAAGCGUACCAGCUGUACGCCGUCCUCCCGACUUACCUCCUCGCACGCGUCCCCUCUACGUCCGAGUUCGCGGGCGACGAGGGCCUGCAGCGCCUAGCGACCGUCCCGGACCCGUUUGUUACCGCGUGGCACACCAUUGUCACCGACCUCGGGCUUCCCCUCCCGUGGCCCAAGCCCCAGCCAGGCUACGUCCCGCCCAAUGCGGACGACACAUGCAUCCUCGUCUGGGGCGCGAGCUCCUCCGCGGGGCAGUUCGUCGUGCAGCUCCUCAAGUGGGCGGGGUACACGCGCGUGCUGGCGACAGCCUCGCCCGCACACCACGCCGCGCUCCGAGACGCGGGCGCGCGCGAGGUGUUCGACUACCGCGCGCCGGACGUUGUCGAGCGCGUUCGAGCUGCCGGCGGCGUCUCGCACGUCGUGGACUGCAUCGGCAGCGCGCGGGGGAGCAUCGCACCGAUCUCGAGGAUCGCGAAGCGGGGCGCGGUUGUUGCGAUUCUUCUGCCUGUUGUGGUCAGGGACGCGUCGGAGACGGAGGCGCCUGAGUAUGCGAUGGAUGUGCAGCAGGCUGCGCAGUGGGAGGACGGGGUCGCUGUGAGGGGUGUACGGACGCACCAUUAUCUCGACAAGCUGCAACCGGAGAUCAUGCCGACUCUGCUGCAAGAGGGAGCAAUUCGGCCUACGAAGCUCAAGCUUGUUGAAGGCAAGACUCUGUUGGAAAGAGCACAGAAGGCUUUGGACAUGAUGAGAAGGAAAGAAGUCAGUGGCGAGAGACUGGUCUGGAGAGUUGCCGACUCUCAUUAA